CAACUGGAGAGCAUGUGAUGAUUUGUCAUGAUUAGUCUUUGCUACAGCCCGCACUAAAAAAGCUGCAGUGCUCUUAGCGUCCCCACUGACAUGACGGAGUGAACUAGCUACACGAACUUUGUUUUACAAAGCAAAUUUAUAAGAUAGCUUGUUCUUUGCAGGACACUAGGGUGACAGUGUUUCUGUUAGCAGAUUAGCUAGGUUGGCUAGCGUUAGUCAACUUGUCAGUUACUGAGGACAUUCUUUUAGGUAGGUUCAGCUAACUCUAAAGUUUAUGUAACUUAGCUGUCUUAAUGUCUUGUUUUUGAGUAUCCACAUUUUGCUAGUUAAUUAGCACGAAAGCCAAAGAAGCAACAAACAGGGCGACCAGCGAACGGUUUGAACAAUGAAGUCAACUAGCGCAGUUAGCUAACGCUAGCUGACUGUCUAACGUUAGCUGUUAAGUACUGUAGUUAAGCAGGCAACAAGCCAGUAAACCAAGUUAUCCAGCCAGAGCUGAAACGCUUUGUGGUUCAUACCAGAGGCUGAAGUAAGCGAAACGCUAGGCUAGGCUAGGUUAGCUCAGCUCAGCUCGCCAGUUCCAUCAGUGGACACCCUUAAUCCGCCCGGGACUCCUAGCGAUGGAUCAGCUCAAAGUCAAAGACCGAAUUCUUGAAAAUAUAUCUCUGUCAGUUAAGAAGUUGCAAAGUUACUUUGCUGCUUGCGAAGAUGAGACCCCAGCCAUCAGGAAUCAUGACCGUGUUCUCCAGCGGUUAUGUGAACACUUGGACCAUGCUCUGUUAUAUGGACUGCAGGACAUAUCUUCAGGUUACUGGGUCCUUGUUUUACAUUUCACACGACGAGAAGCCGUCAGGCAGAUAGAUGAACUCCAGAACAUAGCCACAAAUCUUGGCAGAAGUCGAGCAUGGCUAUACCUGGCACUCAGCGAGAGUUCUUUAGAAAGCUACCUUCGUCUUUUCCAGGAGAAUCAAGCACUUCUACAUAAAUAUUAUUUUAAAAAUGCAUUGGUUUGCAGCCAUGACCAUCUCACUUUGUUCCUUACACUUGUCUCUGGGCUGGAAUUUAUCCGCUUUGACCUUGAACUGGAUGUCCCAUACUUGGAUGUGGCACCUUACAUGCCAGAGUACUACAAACCCCAGAAUGUGUUGGAUUUUGAGGAACGAUUGCCUAGUUCUGAUAGCUUGUCUCUGCACUCCUUCACGUCCCUCACGUCAACUAAUCUUGAAUGGGACGACAGUGCCAUUGCCCCCUCUAGUGAAGAUUAUGAUUUUGGUGACAUCUUCCCUGUGUUGCAGUCAAUGCCAAGUGCAGACUGGGAAGAAGGAGACCUGACUGACCCAGUUAGUGGGCCUCGCUCGUCAGCCUCCGACCCUCAAACGGUGGUGAGUGACGCUGUGGUGGUCAGGGCUGCACCACUCCCAGUCAGAAGCACGUCUCUGUCACGCAGCCCCCCAUUCCGCCACAACCCCUUUAACGAGGACUCGGACACCAACACUUCGGCUGACGUGACUCCGGUGCACGUGGCCAGCCACCGCGAUACCACCACUGGGGAUGAAACUGGGGGUGAGGGAACCAGCACAGAGCUAGAGGUCAUCAGGAUGGCCAGAAGGAGGAAGUCGUGUAAGAAGCGGCGGGGGAAGGGGUCGACGGAGUCGAUGAGCAGCGGGCAGAACGUGGCCUCUCCGGAAGCAAUGGAAGAGGAAGAUUCCCUUCAGGUGGCAUGUGAGAAGGGGAGUGCCGAGGACGCCGCUACUGGAGGCAGCUGGAGCCCCCUGGACGGACCAGCAGGUAUGGCCUGUGACUCGGGGUGUGCUGGAGCAGAGGAGGGGGAGGAGGCACCCCAGGCCAUGCUGCAGCUCCCAGAGAUGACGGACACCUCCAUGGACAGCGUGGGCGAGCCGCUCCAAGACGUCAUGGACAAGUUGAACGGAGCUCUGGACGGAAAGCGUUGGAAGCGGUGCGAAGAGGAAGAGGUGGCUCAGGACGGUGCCAUCUGCACUAGCACUGCUGCAGCUCUUCUUCAUCAUCAGCCCUUUCGAGAGGAGGCAGGUGGCAAACCUCCUGACCCAGACCCCCAGCAGCAGCGUGUGGCCCCGAGCCCCAACUUCUUGGUUGCCCACACAGCUCCUGCAGACUUCUACUGCUUUACCCCUCACAGUCCAGACGCUGCUGCCCAGAGUGGUGGCCACCAUGACCCUACAGGGCAUGGCCAGUCGCAGGCUGUUCCUGGUGGCUAUGAAAAUGAGGGAGAAAGGGAGGCGGUCUCAGCAGAGCAAGACACAUCCUCCUUCCUAGAGCUGACGGAGGAGGAGGAGCAGCAGAAUGGACCUGCUUCAAGUCAAGAUGAAGAGCAGGGCGGAGUAGCCACUCCAACAGAGACUUCCCAUCCUGCAGAAUUCAGGGUAGAUAACAAUCACCUACUGCUUCUUAUGAUCCACGUCUUCAGGGAGAACGAAGAACAAUUGUUUAAGAUGGUGAGGAUGAGCACAGGCCACAUGGAGGGAGACGUGCAGCCCCUCUUUCUGCUGCUCACAGACUGUUAUACUUAUCUGUUGCGCAAAGGGGCAGCAGAAAAGCCAUAUACUGUAGAGGACGCUGUGUCCUACAGUGAGCUGGAUUACAUAUCUGUGGGCUUGGACGAGCAGACGGUCACUCUGGUGUGCACCAAUAGAAGGCGACAGUUUCUGCUGGAUACUGCAGACUGCUCACUCACCGUCUGGUUUCUCAAUGUGCUGAAGUCAGCCAUGAUAAAUGGUUGUCGGGAACCGCCUUACCCUGCCAUCCUGACUGAUGCCACUAUGGAGAAGCUGGCUCUUACAAAGUUUGUGUGCCAAGAGUCACAGUGUGAGGUGUCUGAGGUCCAUAUCCGUCUGUAUUCCCUGGUUCACUGGGAGGACCCCAUGGACGUGUCCGUGAGCUCUCCCUCCUCACCAUCUGGCUUGGGCUUGUCCAGCAGCACCAAGGAGGGUGCUCUUCUGUACCGGGCAGGGACGUCCUACCUGGGCAAAGAGCACUGGAAGAGCUGCUACCUUGCGCUCAGUAAUGGGAUCCUCUACCAGUAUGCUGAGAGGACUGAUGAUGUCCCACUUAUGUCUAUUCCAAUGGGAGGCGAGUACUGUGGAGGCUGCAGGCGUGCGAACAGCUCGGAAAGACCACAUGCCUUCCAGGUGAUUCUGAUGGCGCGUCCUCCUCUUGAGCUCAGCGCAGAGAGCGAGCAGGACAUGGCUGACUGGAUGCAGCUCAUCUGCCAGGCCGUGUCUAAAGGGGUAAUUCCACAGGGAGUAGCACCUACGCCUUGCAUCCCAUGCUGCCUUGUUCUGACAGACAAGAAGCUGUUAACGUGUCAUCAGGAUUGCCAGACCAGUUUUUUCCGUUCACUUGGUGGAGCUGAUGUCAGUGAUGUCGCAGCUGUCUGCCUUGAGGAGGAUAAAGAAUAUUGUGUCAUUGAGUUUGCGACGGACCGGACCCAUUUCCUUCCUCCUUGGGUCCUCUAUUUUAGCAGUUGUGGGGAGAGGGAUCGGCUCUUGGAGGAGCUUGGUUAUGUGUGGACAUCUGUCUUUCAGGUGUGUCUACCUCAUAAGACCGUGUCUGACGUGUUGGUGCAGAAACGCUGCAGGGAUGCACUAGAGCUGAUGAGGAGCGCCUGGCAGAGGAGUGACAGCCUGCACAGGGGCAGGUCCCAGCGAGAACCCUGGUGCUGACAUCCCAUCGCUCACGUUGACCGAUCACGGCAUCGCGUGCAGCAGAACUGAGGAGGGCCUCCACUAACACUCCCACUAGUAACAAAGGUACAAACCGCAGGCGUGUGGGGCAGGGGCAAACAUCCCUCAGCCGUUUGGGUCCACACGCUGACGAACAGAAUUGUGCCCAAAGAGGAUGGAGAACAGAGGCAAAGUUGGGAGCAUGGAGCAGAAUUUUAAUUCGAUUAUACUAAUGCUAAAUUUGUUUAUACAUCUUUUUUAAAGGUGUUAUGGUUUACUAAAGCUUUCCCUUUUAAUGAUGGAGGAAAAAGUAUUCUUCAUUUUCUUAUCAAACUCUAUACGCUGUCAACACUGUGCAUGAGGGUAUUGAUGAAAAACAAGUCGUUUCUCAAAACCUAAAACCAUCACAAAUGUACAGGAUGUAUACAGUAUAAAUACACAAUUAUUGAAUGCUUGUAUUGGAAAUAUUACUUUUAUGCUUGUAAAGGUCUUUCUAUUGAUGAAUACCUCAUUAAACCCAUAUUAUGUAUGCAGAGGUUCUUGUUGAUGGACUUUACUCAGAAAUGUACUGUUCCGACUCUUACUGCAAUAUGCGCUCUGAUAUGACUCGUAUUGUACUCUGUUUGAAGUCUUUUUGGCUGCUAUGGGAUUUUUAACUGUUUUGGGCGCUGAAUAUAUGAAGUUAGGCCAGCUUGGCAAAUUCAGCACUGUAUAGAGAUGUGGUGAAGAUGAGGAGCAGUUUAUAAAUGCUUGCACCAGAAUGCAAGAUUGCACAACUUUUUGUUCUUGUUUUAACUUUACUGAUUUUACUAAUGGGAUGAGUGUGAUUUGCUUAGGGAUAGAUCGUUCAGGCAGCUUGAAUGACACUUUUGCAGAAGUUGUCUGUCUGUCUGUCUUAACUACAUUUUAAAACAAAUAGGUACAUUAACCAGAGGCAUACUAGAAACAGGAAUUGGUGAAUUUUCCUAGUCCUUGACAGGUGGUAAAUCAUUCUGGUGUGUUCUAAAUAAGGCUAUGGACUAACAUACAGUAUACUGGCAUCGACCGAGAAGCUAUUAUGAGGAAUUUCACAUACAGUAUUGUGCUCUCGUUUUUCCUUCUUUGUCUUGUUCCAUUUUAGGCUCAUGGUAGAAAGUGUGGCUCUGUUUGUUUGUUUUUGUUUGUGUGUUUGUUUGUUUUUGUUUGUUUAAAUAUAUUUUUUUGUGCUUACUUUUACAUUUUUCUGUGCCCUCUUCUACAAAGCCAGAAACAUUUAAGCCAGUGAUUAAGCAAGCUUCUGUUCCUAAAAUUUGCAGAUCAGAUCUGAGUGGCAGAGCUGUUGCAGGAUUCUUCUUUUUACCAUUGUGUACUUUGUCAAGAUAGUCAGGUUCUUUGUAAAAUGAAUGGCCUGUGUUGGCCAUGUGUGUGUAAUUUUGAUUUUGCACUUGUCGUCAUGGUGUACUUUAGAGUUAUAAUGGUUUCUCUCUCUGUGUUGUCCCCCAAUACUGGCUGUUAAUCAAGUUUUUUGCUUUUAUUCUUCAACUAACCAUGCUGCUCGUGCGACAAUUUGCUUCUCGGUUUGCAAAUGGUACAAAUAGAAGUACAUAAUGCCUUACACACUUUUUUUUUUUUUUUUUUUUUUUUUUACACAAGCAUUUCCUCUUUAUCAUAUGAAAUGCUUUAGCCAUUCCAAGGUCCUACCUUACAGUUAGGAUGGGGUAUGCAUGAGAAAUUCUUCCAGUGGUCAGAUGCUCAGUAACUGUGGUGAAAUCUUUGUUGUUUAAGAAGACAGUUUACUUGACUAUACUUUUAAGGAUGUUUGCCAGGAUGUUUGACUAAGUGACAUGAUGUGGUGGAAUCUCAGGUUUGUUGGAAUUUGUCCAAAUGAACCAUAACCUUUAUGUUUGGACAUUGCUGGGCAAUGAUGGAUUGCAAUUGGCACAUUAAACAUUUUACAUGCAUUUUUAAUGUAUAUAUUUUUGUUUUGUAUUUGGUUGCUUUUUUUAAUGUAUGCUAUGACAAUGUGAAAAAUGAAGUAUUCCAGCAAGUUCUAACAGUUGGUUUUAGGUACACUAAAUGCUGCAUGUGCUGAUGAUUUUAUGUUCAUAUAAUAACAAAUGUACAUUGAAGGUUUUUUGUAAAUAUGAAAUAAACAAAUCUAUACAUAUCUGUAGUCUCAUUAAUGUAAAUGUUUAAAAUACAUGGUCUGUUGAUGCACCAAAAAUCUGACUUUAAGACCUGUAUUGGAUACGGAAAAGGGAAGUUGUAAAGUGGACAUCGUUGUCAGAGACGCAAAGGCACUUAAACAUGGUAUUGUCAGGGUAGGCUUGGUGGGUUACGAUUACACGGUAAAAACCUGGGGGUGCCUGGCUGAAGGUCCUGAAUGGGUCAACAUUAAUGUCUGGUAGUCGUUAAAGAAAAAAACAGUUUUGUCUGUUUGUCAGGCAAUCACUGCUACAUAUUGCAGUUAUUCUUCAUAUAGACACAGGUGUCUCCAAGUGUACUAUGGCCAAAAGCAUUUUCCCAGAUGGAAUGUUAAUAGGGUAUGACAAUGAUUGUCAUCAUUUAAUAAUGCCUUCUAAAUGGCUUUGAUAAGCACAAUAAAGCAUCAUGGAAAAGAUAACACAUCUGUGUAUGUUCUGUUUCUGUGCAGUUUUUUUUUUGUUUGUUUUUUUUAAUUUGCUGUGAGGUUUACAUCUCACAUGCUCUUUACAUGUGUCGAUCUAAUUCAGACUCCUUGCAUGUAAUCUGCAAUUAAUUAGGUUCUCAAACUUUGUUCUAGAUGUUGGCAGUUCCAUAACUUUGAGCAAUUAUUAUCUAUGUCCAUGCAGUAUCACCACUACAGUUAUCAAAUACAUUAUUAGCAGAACCGCUGGAAUUGCUGCCAAAAUUUCCACUAUACAUUUUGUGUGUAUCUGGUAGAAACAGCAAAUUGUCCUGGGGUGUAGAUGUGAUGAAGUGAGACAUGGGCCUUAGGGGUCUUUAUCGCAGUGACUGCAUUGCCUCAUUUACAUGAAUCUCCCAUUUCAUUGCACCAACACUUCCAUGACUGCGCAAUGCCAGAUAUUCGUGGGUAUAAAUGUGAUGAUGAUAAAGCAUUGUCCCAAGGUCACAAAUGUAGGUACUUACCUAUGUGUUGCAGCACUUAUAGAUGUAAAUGUAUACAUAUAGCUAGGGUUGGGUCCCUUAGUUUAGGUCCUAAGCAUUUUUGUUUUAUCAAAAAUGUAUAGGGGGUGUGUGUUUUUUGUAGCUGCCAUAUUAAGCAAAAAUUGUGGAUGAUCACUGGUUGUGUGCCUAAUCCAUAAGUGAACGGACAAUGGAAAUGACCAAAAUUGUAUGUGUUUUCACAAUUUGUAUAUUUGGCCAGUGUCUGAUUCCUUUUUUGCUUGAUUCAACAUCUCUUUACAGCUGUUGAUGUAUGAGAAUGGAUUAUUGAAGAAUAUACUGCCGAAUAAUUAAAUGUUUUUGUUGUUUGUUAGUUUUUUCUUAGAAGCAUUAAGGGCACAGUGUGAUUUGCAUUCUCUAAGAUAGAUUCUCAUUAACUUGACCUGUAAGAUGUUCCUAAAAUGGUGCAUCUUGUGUCUAAAAAAGUUUUUUUCUUCAUCAUCUUCUUUUUGCAGACCUUACUGGUAAUGUACAAAUAAAUCAUCUGCUCUAU